GUCCGCUGUGGCGUGAGGUCGAGACGCCAUGUCGGGCAGGGACGAGUGGUGUUGCCGCCAUGGGGUCCUUCGGGCUUGCGGCGGGGGUCGGUGCCCGUGCUGCGAGGGCGAAGCAGCUGUGAGUCGGCCCCCUUCCCUUGCGAAGUGCUUGUUCGGAUUAAAACGUGUUCUUAGGGCCCGCUGAAGGGAUGCCCGCUGCGGCGGGGAGUGUGGUCGGUCGAGGUGGAAAGCCUGACCGGGUUUACGGUUCCGUACUGAACGAAACCAGACUUGAGCCGGGGAGCAGGCAACACUUAAUGAAGUAUACACAUUACUGAUGUCCAUCCUGCAGAGAAAUGAACUGUGAGAAAAUUCAAGCAAACAUGUUCCAACUGUUCAUAGAGAGGAUUGCCUCAACCAAGUGGUUGGUACUAAAAUGAUAUGGGUGGCAGUCAUUGGUGAUUGGUUCAACCUCAUAUUUAAAUGGAUUUUAUUUGGCCAUCGCCCAUACUGGUGGGUGCAAGAAACAAUGAUUUAUCCCAAUCAGUCAAGCCCAUGCCUUGAACAGUUUCCUAUAACAUGUGAAACUGGACCAGGAAGCCCAUCCGGACAUGCCAUGGGAUCUUCUUGCGUCUGGUAUGUAAUGGUCACUGCAGCACUUAGCUACACAGUUAGAUGGAAAGAUAAAUCAGCAGUUAGCCUUCACAGACUGACAUGGUCAUUCCUCUGGAGUAUUUUUUGGAUUAUCCAGAUCAGUGUGUGCAUCUCGAGAGUAUUCAUAGCAACGCAUUUCCCUCAUCAAGUUAUUCUUGGAGUAUUUGCUGGCAUUCUGGUGGCAGAAGCAUUUGAGCAUACCCCUGCUAUUCAGACAGCAAGCUUGAGAAUGUACAUCAAGACAAACUUGUUUCUUUUCAUCUUUGCCCUUGGCUUUUAUCUGGUCCUCAAGCUUCUUGAUAUUGACUUGCUAUGGUCUGUUCCAAAGGCCAAGAAGUGGUGUGCCAACCCAGACUGGAUAAACAUUGACACAACUCCAUUUGCUGGACUGGUGAGGAAUUUAGGUGCGCUCUUUGGCUUAGGUCUUGGAAUUAAUUCUGAAAUGUUCAUCACGAGCUGUAGAGGUAAAAAUAGCUGUAAGAUAAGUUUCCGUGUGCUGUGUGUAACUGCUUCUUUAGCUACACUGCAGCUGUAUAAUUUUGUUAAGAUACCUACUCAUACUGAAUAUUUGUUCUACAUUCUCUCUUUUUGUAAGAGUGCAGCUAUGCCUUUGACUGUAGUUGCCUUGGUUCCGUACUGUGUCCACUCAUUAAUGAGGACAACUGAAAAGAAACUUAAUUAGAUACAGUUUCCAGAUGGUUAGCAAUGGGGGGAUGGAUAUGAACUGGUCAAGAACCCUCAACAAAAGGCAAUUUUGCCAACUCAUUUUAACCCAAGGGGAUGCUGCUGCAUCUUUGAUGUGCUUCUGGUAAGUAACUAGUGCAUCCCACAUCAGUGCAUUCAAGAAUGAGCUUGCCAGCUCAGGAAUACUAAUUGGUGAAUUUUUUUUUUUUCCUAGAAGUAUUGCAACCACACUGCAGUAUGGUUAGAAAUGACCCAAUACUCUGGGUCAUAACAAAGUUUUAAUCAACUACUUGGUGGUCUUUUAGUUCUGUCCAUCUCCAGCUAGAUGGUGCUUUGAGCCUCAGUUGUACAUAGUGAUACUCAAUAUUUAAUUUUUUUUUAUAUAUAGAUAAUUGUGUGUUAAACUGCUAGAGAAGGGGGUGAUAGUAUCACACUCCCUCCAACUGUACAGCUGUACCAGGCACUGUGGAAAAGGCCAGCAUAGUUAUAAACAAGGCUUUAGAGUUAACUUACUUAUUGAGCUUCCUGAGCAAAACAGCUUCUGAUUAAGCCGGGGGGGGGGGGGGGGGGGGGGGGGGGAGAAGUUUAUUUCUAUUAUUACACUCUGUAGAAUAUAUUUUUGCGCUACUGUGUGGCUUUUGUCAUUUCUGCUUUUUGAAAGUGGUCACAUAAAUCAUGAAUGAUACAGAUUACACCUUUGACAUUGAAAAUGCGUAAAUAUGGUGUAACAAAAGUUUGGGUUUUGUACAUCUGCACAGAGCAACAAAGGAAGAACCUUGUCAAUAAUGAAAUCAUCUCAGCACAUCACCUCAAGAAUGUUGUUCAAGCUCCGUGUUGCAAAGGUAAAUUAGUCUAGUUCUCUCAGGUCAAGUCACACGCCUGAAUCGCUGGUAGCAGUUGAGUAAAUCAUGCCAAUGUGAUUGCAGCCUGUCAUUGCAAGUUUAUAUCCUUGUCAGCUUUGUUUACCUAAGUUACACAAGUAACUGAUAUGUUAAAUACGUUUGCUAUAUAAAAUGGAUACGCUAAAUAAGCAAAGGCAGGUAUUUUCCUUUUUUAUUCAUUAUGCAGCAUCUACUAUUGCAUAUUCCUUUUCAGUGCAUAAUCUUAAAGCAAUAUUUUGCUGAUGCCAUCUCAUAAGACAUAGUAUACAAGCACCAUAAAGCGAUAAUGUGGGUAAUGAGGGCAGUGUAUGUAUGAUCUGAUAGUAGUAAGGCUUAGAAGAUAUAAACAUGAUAUUGCUUCUAGACUUCCAGUUAGUUGUGUGGUAAUUGAAAUGGAACAAACCUUAUUUAAUUGGGAAAAUAGGUGAAUAGUUGGAUUUGGCCCUUAGGAAUGAACGUGGUACAAAUUACAGAAGCAAAUCUGAAACAAGCAUCCUUACUUAAGUGCCUCCUAAGAAUGCCUUAAGAAAAUUAAUCAUCCGGUUUUAACAGCCUGAGGAGUACUGUGCUUUAUGCAUCUCCUGCUGUCUUCUUAAAUGGUUCUCUGAACCCUUUUUUCCCACAGCAGCUGGCCUGAAGCCAGUCUGUUCUAUAAUUGUGACUCCUGAAGCAAAAUUACUAAGCUAAUGGGACUAGAAGCAAAUGAUGAAGUACAAAGACAGCUAUGACAGUAAUUUCUCUCAUGUUCAAGUUGCUCUGUGCUUUGUUAUUAUUUCCUACUGGCGAGGUGGCCUACAGAGGCAUCAUGAAACUCUAGAUUGGUCUGGGUAUCCUUCUAUUCCUCAUUCCUGGCCAACACUAAGGGAUUUGUAGGAGCAGACAUCGCAUUUCUAAGUUCCUAACACAUGAGGGUCUGUGCUUCCCAAUACUAACAGAAGAAUCUUGGGAUAGACACAACCAUAAAUGUAGAACGAUGAUGAGUAUUUCUGCAGUAUUGUUCUAGGUCCUGUACAAACAUGUGAGAAGACAUGGGUUCUCACUUGCUUUCUUGGUGUCCUGUUAAUUCUGCCCCCAACAUCAGUGUUUCAGGGAAAGGGGCAAAGAUCAGUUUCCUGUCUGAACCACCUCUUAUUCUUUCUACAGCUAUUAAAACAUUACUAAAACCAAGAAUGGUGGGGAAACUGAAUAAAUUAAGUUAGUUUGAUUUUUAUCGGUAACUUCAGAAAUGAACCUAUGGAUAAAGUAAUGGCAGUAGAGUAGGACACUUUCUGUCUGAGCUGAGUGUGUUAGGCUGUAGUUUUGUGCAGCUGCCUGAAGAAUCUCCAGAGAGGGCUCCCAAAACGUCUAAGUUAGCCUUUCCCAGAGUGGUGGGAUAAACAAGUAUCAGGAUUAUAAUGUUAUAUUUUGAUAGAGCUAGAAUUGUAAAUUAGGAGCCAGCCAUUUAUUAGAUACAGUGAAAUAGGCCUUCAUCUCUCUUUAUCGGGCUUUUGUGAAUUGAUCACAGUUAAAAAUUAUGCUUCAAGCCUUAUGUAUUAAGAUUGUGUGGCACCCUAACUGAGAGCUAUUAACUUGAUAAUCAUUUAAACUGUAACUUCACCAAACUUUUGCAGCCUUUCAUAUGGUUAAUAUUUGGAACAGCUAGAGAGUGUGGACACUUGCACAAUUAUGGGCUGAACUACUCACUUUUGCUAAUAAUGCAGUUUUUCAGCCGCCCCAUUCCCUGUUACGGUUUCCUGAUGGAAGGACUGGCCACAGACAGGCUGUUCCUGCUCAGAAUAGUCUAGCUGGAGUAGGGGCUGUAUUUGCAGUGUAGUUACUCAGGUGCCAUCCCAAAAUAUAUUUAUCCAGAGGAAUAGGGUGGUGAGAAAACCAGAUCAUGCAGUUGCUAGGGACCAUGCAGAGAAACAUACAGCAGGACACACCAACCACCACCAUCAGUUACUUCUGUCAACUCAGGGUUGGCUCUGCAAGACAUAAGCUCUGCUCUUGUCACCAAGCUCCAGGACUGGGAGAUCUUACCUGUGAGGCAGCUGCAGAGGAAAGGCCAGCCCAACUCUGUACUGUGCAGUCAAAGCUUGUCACUCAUGCCCAGAUGGUGUAGCUCCACUUGGACUUUAAUCCCUUCACACAGGUACUGAAGGGCUUUAUAAUCAACUGGUCAAUAGCACACAGAUACGAAGUGGCAGGAGAUGGCACCCAAAAAUUGUAAUACCAAUGUGUUUGUGUACAGCAUGAUUGUUGUCUGUUCUACAGGAACACUUCCCAAUACACAGCUCCCACUAUUUACUAGUUGCCUAAAAAUAGGAUGGUUGUAUGAUGAAGAGCUGUAGUAGUACCUCCCAGCAGGGCCCAUGUAGCUGUGCUCCUGCAAAGAGAUAGCAGGCUCCUUUGGAGGCAGGGACUACUCUAGUUGCAUUGGCCUUCUCACCAGCUCUGUCCUGCAUGGCAGACCCUUGUGAGAAAUAUGAUCCAAAAUCACAGAAAUACUUGUUACCUGCUGCAAGAUACCCAUCUGCUUGUCUGAAGGGUAAGAGGUGAAGCACUAAAGCACAAGAGCCAGUAAAAAAAUACUAUUUAUUGGUAUAAUUUGGACCACAAAAGUGGUGUUCUUUUUGCAGAAAGAAUUAUGGACUAAGUACAUGGUCACUGUAGUUUUUAAUAAAGUUGUUAUUUUUCCAUGACCUAAUAUAAAUUAAAUAUCUUACAGGUAUGUCAAUAGGUUAUUCAUAGUCACUCUGUCAAUAGUUUCAGUCCUGAGCCAUCCAACUAAUUAUUGCUCUGAAACAUAAAAAGGCUAAAAAGAUUAAACUAUGAGGCAAAUAAUUCAGCUUCCUCUUUCAUUUUCAGUUAAAGAUUAAAACACAGACUUCCUUGGCAAAACAGUAUUUCAGUGUCAGCUAUGUGAGUUCAGCUGGGUCUGUUGAAGCAAUUCUAUUAAUGGAGUUGUACAAAAGUUGAAAUUGUUUCUUUCUGCCUGGAAUUAAGGGAUGUAUCCUAAUAUAAAGUGUUCAUCCUCACAGCUCCAUUCAAGUUUGCAGUAGCUGGUACUGUGGUGUGGAUUUAUAAGGAACUCCAUUGUGCUGGGAUUUGUUCUAAAGUGGGUGAACCUCCCCCCCAGCUGCAGCUUUUAGGACAUGGAGAAUGACUUUUCCAGCUAAUACUCUACGAUUCAAAAUCGAGAGUUAAAGUUUGAAAGAAAUUUAGACUUCCUGUCUCUCUGCUUUGUCUCCAGGGGCCUAAAAGUCACUGAAGGGAAGAGUCCUGUUGUCCUGCAGACAAUAACCAAUAACAUAUUUCAGAGAAAAUAGCAAUAGACCUUAUAACAAACUGUUACAGAGACAAGCUUCUGCCAAAAGAUACUCCCUGACCUUUGUCAUUUCUGAAUUAAUUGUGCCUCUAUUUAUCAGCUCUGUUUAAUACAAAGAGCUAAUUAUGGCUAUUUUUUCCACCUUUACUGAAUAUACUUAUGAUUUCUGUAAAAAUCCUCGUCAUUGUCUUUCCUUCUGAAAAAA